AUGACAAUUUUAGAACAAUCCCAACCUGACCAACGUUGCGAUGUAGUAGCGAAUACACAGAAACUAACAGAAUCGUCAUCAGAAAAUCCAAAAGUUUCUGAAUUUAACCACUCUGGUUCUAUUCCAUGUAGAUCUUCAAUCUUCCAGUUUAAAGUGGUUACCUCCUCAUGGAAGAUGCUGGGACGUCUGCUAACUUUAGUGUCAUUUAUUUACUUUUUCCUAGUCAGAUCGCGUCUCGAGUAUGCUGCAAUUGUUUGGUCUCCUAUUUAUGAUGUCUACAGCAUCCAAAUUGACAAAGUUCAACACAAAUUUCUCAAGUUCCUGUCCUGGAAAAUUGAUCGACAAAUAAAAGGUUAUAAUAUGAAUAUUAACCUGUCCUGUUUACGUCCCAGAAGUCUUGAUCAUAUUACUCUGGGAUUCCCAAAGCACAUAAAGCAGCAUUUUCAAAUAAAUUACAAUCUCUAA